AUGCUCCUUGCGAGGGGGCGGGCCGCGACUCCCCCCGGAAGAGUUCUUUCCCAGGCGGCGUUUCCUUCCUGUAUGAGGCUGCUAGGGCCUCUUGCGGCCGCUGUUCUGCUGGGGGGGUUAACAAUCAAGAUGGUACAUGCUGAAGCCUUUUCUCGUCCCUUGAGUCGGAAUGAAGUUGUUGGCUUAAUUUUCCGUUUGACAAUAUUUGGUGCAGUAACAUACUUUACAAUCAAAUGGAUGGUAGAUGCGAUUGAUCCAACCAGAAAGCAGAAAGUAGAAGCUCAGAAACAGGCAGAAAAAUUAAUGAAGCAAAUCGGUGUGAAAAAUGUGAAGCUUUCAGAAUAUGAAAUGAGUAUUGCUGCUCAUCUAGUAGACCCUCUUAACAUGCAUGUUACUUGGAGUGAUAUAGCAGGUUUGGAUGAUGUCAUUACGGAUCUGAAAGACACAGUCAUCUUACCUAUCAAAAAGAAGCAUUUGUUUGAAAAUUCCAGGCUUUUGCAGCCUCCAAAAGGUGUACUUCUCUAUGGGCCUCCAGGCUGUGGUAAAACGUUGAUUGCCAAGGCUACAGCCAAAGAAGCAGGUUGUCGAUUUAUUAACCUUCAGCCUUCAACACUGACAGAUAAGUGGUAUGGAGAAUCUCAGAAACUGGCUGCUGCUGUUUUCUCCCUUGCCAUAAAGCUACAGCCUUCCAUCAUCUUUAUAGACGAAAUAGACUCCUUUCUACGAAACCGUUCAAGUUCUGACCAUGAAGCUACAGCCAUGAUGAAAGCUCAGUUUAUGAGUCUCUGGGAUGGAUUGGAUACUGAUCACAGCUGCCAGGUCAUAGUGAUGGGAGCUACUAAUCGUCCUCAGGAUCUUGACUCAGCUAUAAUGAGAAGAAUGCCUACGAGAUUUCAUAUCAACCAGCCUGCUCUAAAACAAAGAGAAGCAAUACUGAAACUCAUCUUGAAAAAUGAAAAUGUGGAUAGGCAUGUGGACCUGCUGGAAGUUGCCCAGGAAACUGAUGGGUUUUCAGGAAGUGACCUAAAGGAGAUGUGUCGAGAUGCUGCCCUCCUCUGUGUCAGGGAAUAUGUUAAUUCUACAUCAGAAGAAAGCCAUUAUGAAGAUGAAAUUCGACCUGUGCAACAACAGGACCUGCAUCGGGCAAUUGAAAAGAUGAAGAAAUCAAAGGAUGCAGCAUUUCAGAAUGUUUUAACUCACGUUUGUUUAGAUUGA